UCCUGUCAAAUUAACUGUGACGGAAGAAACGGCACAAUCAACAAUGAUUGCUUCCUGUUCUGUCACUCACUCCUGCCCCGCCUCUCCUCCCGUUAUCCUCUGGAGUCACUCUGGACAUCAACAUUAUCAGACGCGACCCCUGGAAAACGGCCAAUGGGAAGCUACGUCCACACUGACCUUUCAUCCUGCCAUGCUGAGAACAACACGCAUUUGCAGUGCCACGUCACAUUCAAGGGGGGGCAGCAACAGGAAGCAUCCAAGAUCAUAAAUGUGAAUUACGCCCCCGUGAACAUAAACGUCGACUUCAACGCAAACGUGAAGGAGGGCGAGGCCGUGCGCCUGAAGUGCAGCUGCGACGCCAACCCUCCCGCCAGCAGCUACGAGUGGCAUAACUCAGACGGCACUGAGCUGCACAAGGGCAACGUCUUCAUCCUGGCAAACGUCUCCAGACACACGGGGGCCCUGUACUGUACAGUUACCAACGCCUUGGGAAGAGCAACAUCAUCACCCGCACAGCUUAACGUGACAUAUGCCCCUGUGAUUAAGAGCGCCUCAUCCUGCUCCUCCGAGGGGGACAUGCUAAAGUGUGUGUGCAUUGCAGAGUCCAGACCCCCCAGCAAUGUCCAUUUCUCACUGCCUGACAUACUCCUUCCGAGGCCUGACAUAGAGAGACAUGAUUCCAUUACCAUCGGCACUCUGCGAACUUUUCUUCCUUCUUCUGAGUUGGUCUACUGCGUGGCUAACAACGCCAUGGGCAACGCCAGCGCCGCCAUCACUUUACCAGUUCACAGCAAGAGGCUGUAUCUUUAUGUUAUUAUUGCAGCUGGAGGUGUUGUCAUGCUGGUGAUUCUCUUAGUAGUGAUGAUAAAAAAAUGGAAACUCAAUGAAAUGACAUACUGUUGUUCUGCCACCAGGGGUCGAUCGAGAGGCGUGCCUGACUCAGAGCAUCCACCGAAAACUGCCCUGUCCUUUAAAACUGUCAAAGCAGCAAGGAAAAACACUAAGGCUGGUCAGAAUCAAAGCAGCAUGCAGGAUUAUCAUACCUAUGGCAACACGAGUGAGGCUGAGUGGACUGUCGACUGUGAGCCAGUUUACGCAAAUGUACAAAAGUGACCUGAAGGAUUGAGCGCAUGCGCAGUGUUUGUGUUGUUGUAUUUUUUAUUUGUAUCUUAGUACUGUUGAAUAUUUUCAGUGUGGGUAACUUUGUUUUUUUGUGUAGUAAGUCCACAAACCGCCCACAUGUUAAAAAGAUCAACAACUAGUUUCGGUCUCAAUUAAAUGAGACAUAUUAUUCAUUUUUCCCUAAUUUAAAAAAGCUCCUGUCACGUGACGUGGUGGUGAACCCCAAAAAAGCAGGCGAGAGGGAGGACCAAGGUGUACUUGACGAAUUGUAUUUUAAACAAAGAGAAAAACAAAAUCCAGAACUCAGACAUGAAGAAAGCAAAAAUCCCAAGUAACAAACAAAAACCAUGGCCGAAGCUAAAAACUAACUGUGACCGUAGCAUGAGCGAGAAGCUGAGAACAAGAACGAAACAUGAACAAAACAUGAGCUAGGAACAAACAUGCCCAAAACAUGACACGACCAAACAAACAAUGACCCGACACUGAGUGGUCAUGUCGGGAGUCUCUUUAUAGUAAUAAUCACUUAAUGACCAACAGGUGUGCAGCUUUAGGAGGAGCUCUACACCGCCACCUGUUGGUCACAAACAGAAACAUGACAGUUCCUCAUUUUUAGAAACACCCCUGAUAGUCUUUUGUCAACAUUACAUCACACUGAUUCAGAUCUUUUGGCGGGGGUUUCGGGGAUGGGUUUUGACUCUGGGUUUUAGCUAUACUGAGCAUUUUUUUUCUUUUUGCAAAUAGGCAUGAGCAAAAAAAAAUCAAGUGGGUUUUUACGUUGUUAUACUUCUGGAGACUUGGCUCUACACUCCACACUUGGAGAACAUCACUCCUUGUCUAGCCUGAAAAUGAAUGUCACCUCGACAAAAUAACCACAUGGUGGAAAUAGGCAAGUAACAAAAUAUUCACUUGAGCUGUGUUUGGACCAGGGCAUUAGUUAACCACGGUAUUACUGUACUGUGUGCAGAAGGAAGAAGGUCAAACAGUCAUUUAGGACUUUAAUUUAUUACACAAUAUGUAGUGACCUUUUUUUUUGUUCUUGUUGCACAAAUAUGCCAUAUGUAUACAAAAAUCAAAAAAUGAAUACUAAAACCAAUAAAAACUAUUGAACUAUUUAAAAAAAGAAAUAAAAACCAACAAACCCAUUCCAAAACCUAGUUAAAAUUAAAUUGAAAAAACAAAAGUCAAAACAAACCAAAAACUAACAAUAAUGUAAUCACCCAAAACUAUUUCAACCCUAAAUCAAAAUCAAUCACUCUUUCCCUACUUCCCAAUUACUCUGUCAAGAUUUCUGUAACGUAUAUUAACUAAAAGUGAAAAAUGAAACAAUACCCCAGAAAUUGAUGCGAUGCAUCAGGGGGGUCUGUUGCUUUUCUAGCCACUGUUGAUUUGUACACUACUUUUCAUUUUGUAUUGUUGGAUGCAUUGAUUGUGUUUCAUUUUAAUUUAACUCUCUCUCUCUCUCUCUCUCUCUCUCUAACACACACAAACACACACACACACACAAUUUUCAAGUUCUCAUGUCAUGUGACACCUUGCACAAUCAUGCAAAGGAGUACUGUAUACGAGCUGAAAAUCUGGGGAAGUAAAUGUGUCAAAGAUUAUUUUAGGAUUCCAAACAUUUAAUCAUAUGGGUCGUCAUCAUCUCAUUCACAGCCAAUAUCAUCACAGGAUUUCUUCUGUGUGGGUUUCGCUUAAUUUCGAUGGGUUAGAAGGGCGGGAUGGGGCGGGGGGUCCCAUAGUUUUUGUGAAAGGACAAUGGUGGAUAAGAGAGACAUAUAAUAUUCACCGGUUACCGAUUCCUGCAUAUACUGUAUUUUUCAGAUUGUACUUAAACAUAAAGUAGUGAACAGUUUCAAUCUCAAGAAAUGAACAGAGCAGAAGUUUCAUCAGUGCUCACAACACAGGAAGUGAGUUGACAAAUCCAUUGACAUAUUGUGCAAGACAACGAGGACAACUCCCCUGACCUGUUAUCGUCACACAUUCCCUAUCGUCAUAUAUAUAUAUAUAAAUGCGGGCCUCAUGCUAUUGUGUGCUGAGAAAUAGUUUACACUUAUCUCAGUAUGUCAUUUCCAUUUAGUAACAAAAUAAAGAAAAGCUUGAAUGCUGAAUGUUUUUAACUUUGUAAUUUGCCUGCUUGUUGAUCUGAAUCUGUAAUACGUGAUGUACUGUUUUCAAAUUCGAUUCGGCUAGCUCAAUAAAUUCAAAGGAUGGCCA